AAAAAAAAUUAAAGGCAGAAAAGCAUGACCCACCAAAGAGGCCCAUUGCUUUGGACAAUUGCAAUCUGUGUUUUGCACACCACCUGUUUGACAAAAAGAAAAAAAAAAUGGCCAAACAAGUUCACCACCAACAUCAACAUCUCCAACUGGGUUGUUGUCUCUGUCUCUCUUCCCAGUACUUCACUCUUUCAACCCCACCAUUACCAUUUUUUCAUCUUUGCCUUGACAUUCCAAUUUCCUCUCUUGGGUGCCAUUUUCUCGCCCCAUGGACCGCGGCGGUGACAAGCAUCAGCAGCAGCAGCAACCACAACUAUCCGUGGCUAAGAGUUCGCGGCAGCAGCGAUACAACGAGUGGAUUUUUCGGGACGUUCCAAGCGAUAUUACAAUACAAGUAAAUGGAGGGGCUUUCUCACUACAUAAGUUCCCUCUGGUCUCCAGAAGUGGGAGAAUCCGGAAGUUGGUUGCUGAACACAGGGAUUCUGAUAUCUCAAGAGUGGAACUUCUUAAUCUACCGGGAGGUGCAGAAUCAUUUGAGUUGGCAGCAAAGUUCUGUUAUGGUAUUAACUUCGAGAUCACAUCUUCAAACGUUUCUCAGCUGUGUUGUGCUUCUGAUUACCUUGAAAUGACUGAAGAGUACUCAAAAGAUAAUCUUGGUUCGCGUACUGAAGAAUACCUUGAAAGCGUUGUUUGCAAGAAUCUUGAAAUGUGUGUUGAGGUUUUGCAACAAUGUGAGAGUUUACUCCCUCUGGCCGAUGAGCUGAGAAUAGUUAGCCGUUGCAUAGAUGCAAUAGCCUCAAAGGCUUGUGUAGAGCAAAUUGCUUCGAGCUUUUCGCGCUUGGAGUAUAGCAGCUCGGGGAGGCUUCACAUGAACAGGCAAGCCAAAUCUGAUGGGGACUGGUGGAUAGAAGAUCUUUCAGUUCUUCGUGUUGACUUGUACCAAAGAGUCAUAACUGCCAUGAAGUGCCGCGGAGUCCGCCCUGAGAGUAUUGGUGCAUCACUUGUGAACUAUGCGCAGAAGGAGUUGACAAAAAAGUCCAGCUUAUGGAAUAUGUCUGGCCAGACAAAAGUUGACGGAAUUUCAGCUUCAACUGGGCAUGAAAAACUCGUGGUUGAGACAAUUGUCAGCCUUCUGCCCGUCGAGAAACUUGUUAUUCCAAUCAAUUUCUUAUUUGGGCUUUUGCGAAGCGCUGUAAUGCUUGAUUGCACAAUUGCUUGCAGACUUGAUCUGGAGAGGAGAAUUGGGUCACAGCUGGAUAUUGCUACUCUUGAUGAUCUUCUGAUCCCUUCUUUCAAGCACGCUGGUGACACUUUAUUUGAUGUCGAUACAGUGCAUAGGAUUUUAGUUAACUUUUCUCAGCAAGAUGAUAGCGAAGAAGAUAUGGAAGAUGCGUCUGUUUUUGAAUCUGAUAGUCCUCAUUCACCUUCCCAGACCGCUUUGUUUAAAGUUUCAAAGUUGGUGGACAAUUACCUUGCUGAAAUAGCUCCUGAUGCAAACCUCAAGCUUGCUAAGUUCAUAGUCAUUGCUGAUGCUUUACCUGAACACGCACGAACAGUUCAUGAUGGGCUAUAUCGAGCCAUUGAUAUUUACUUAAAAGCUCAUCAAGGUUUAACAGAUACAGACAAGAAGAGGCUCUGCAAAAUGAUUGAUUUCCAAAAGCUCUCACAAGAAGCAGGUGCACAUGCUGCACAGAACGAGCGCCUCCCUCUCCAGUCAAUAGUACAAGUGCUUUAUUUUGAGCAAAUAAGGCUCAGAAAUUCCUUGGGCUGCUCUAAUGAAGAUGAACCCAAGCCAAUGCACCAGUCAUGGCGGAUCAGCAGUGGUGCGCUCAGUGCAGCGAUGUCUCCACGAGACAACUAUGCAUCAUUGAGGAGAGAAAAUCGUGAGCUAAAGCUUGAGCUAGCUCGGUUAAGAAUGAGACUAAAUGAUCUUGAGAGAGAACAUGUAUGCAUGAAGAGGGAUAUGCAAAGGUCCAACUCUCGUAAAUUUAUGAGUUCUUUCUCCAAGAAGAUUGGCAAGCUAAGCUUCUUUGCAAAUAGUUCUUCAAGGGCAUCCACGUCUCCGUCAAGGCAUUCUUAUAGGACUGAUUCUAAAGUGAUUGAGAGAACGUGUGCAAGCACAGAUUAGGUAAUUCACAUUGUCAGGAACUUUUUAUGUCUUUUUAGUAAGUGCAAGCCUUAUGAAAUUUUCACUUGUGUAUGCGUCUUUUGGCCUCCUUGUAAAAAAGAUUUGUGCUUUGAGUUAGCGAUAGCGGGGAAAGAUCUUGAUUGUAAGUGAUGCUUUUGGUUGAGUACA